GGGUGGGGGAGGGGGAUGGCGGCGCCGGGCGCGGGGCCCUGGGACCUGGGGGUGAUCGGGGUUUAUUUCCUGCUCGUCAUGGCCGUGGGGCUCUGGGCCCUGCGCAGGCGCAGUGGGCGGAGCCUCUCCGGGUAUUUCCUGGCUGGACGCAGCAUGGGCUGGGCCCCGGUGGGGGCGUCGCUCUUUGCCAGCAACAUCGGCUCCGGUCACUUCGUGGGGCUGGCGGGGACGUGCGCGGCCGGCGGCAUCGCCGUGGGCGGCUUCGAGUGGAGCGGCAUGUUCAUCGUGCUGCUCCUGGGCUGGGUGUUCGUCCCCAUCUACCUGAGAGCCGGGGUGUCCACCAUGCCCGAGUACCUGGGCCGGCGCUUCGGGGGGGGGCGGAUCCGGCUCUACCUGGCGCUGCUCUCGCUGGGGCUCUACGUCAGCACCAAGAUCUCGGUGGACAUGUACUCGGGGGCGCUCUUCAUCCGCGAGGCGCUGGGCUGGGACCUGUACGGCUCCGUGGGGGCCCUGCUGGGCAUCACCGCCCUCUACACCAUCACUGGCGGGCUGACAGCGCUGAUGUUCGCGGACCUGGUGCAGACGCUGAUCAUCAUCACUGGAGCCUCGGUGCUGGCCGGCUACGCGCUGGGCGCCGUGGGCGGGUACCAGGGCCUGCGGGAGCUCUACCCCCUGGCGCUGCCCCCCAACUCCUCGGGGCCCUGCGGCCGCCCCCGGCCCGACGCCUUCCACCUCCUGCGGGACCCCGGCUCCGGGGACCUGCCCUGGCCCGGCCUCCUGCUCGGACUGGGAAUCAUCUCCGCCUGGUACUGGUGCACCGACCAGGUGAUCGUGCAGCGCUGCCUCGCCGGCCGCUCCCUCACGCACGUCCGCGCCGGCUGCGUCGUCUGCGGCUACCUCAAGGUGCUGCCCAUGUUCCUGAUGGUGCUGCCCGGCAUGGCCGCCCGCGUCCUCUUCCCGGAGGUCGUGGGCUGCGCUGACCCCCAGGGCUGCUCCCGGGCCUGCGGCUCCGCCCUCAGCUGCUCCAACGUGGCGUAUCCGCGCCUGGUGCUCAGCCUGCUGCCCCCCGGGCUGCGGGGGCUGAUGCUGGCCGUGGUGCUGGCCGCGCUGAUGUCGUCGCUGGCCUCCAUCUUCGCCAGCUCCGGGGCCCUCUUCACGCUGGACGUGUUCCAGAAGCUGCGGCCGCAGGCGGGGCCACGGCAGCUGCUGCUGGCCGGCAGGCUCUGGGUGCUGGUCAUGGUGGGGCUCAGCCUGGCCUGGCUGCCGGUGGUGGAGGCGGCGAGGGGGGGGCAGCUCUUCGAUUACAUGCAGGCCCUGUCCUCGUACCUGGCCCCGCCCGUGGCCGCCGUCUUCUUCCUGGCCGUGUUCGUGCCCCGCGUCAACGAGCCCGGCGCCUUCUGGGGUCUGCUGGGGGGGCUGGGGCUGGGGCUGGCCCGGAUGAUCCCCGAGAUCCUUUUGGGGUCGGGGUCCUGCGGGACCCCCGGGCGCUGCCCCGCCCUCCUCUGCGGCCUGCACUACCUGCACUUCGCCGUGCUGCUCUUCCUGCUCACCUGCGCCAUCGUCCUGGCCGUGUCCUGCUGCUCCCCGCCCAUCCCCACCGUCCACCUGCACAGGUUGGUGUUCAGCCUCCGGAACAGCCGCGAGCCCCGAAUCGACCUGGACGCGCCCAAGGAGCCCCCCCAGAAUCCGGGGGUCCCGCUCGGGGACUUGGAAGCGGCUCCAGGGGCGGGGCCGGGAGCUGGGGGCGUGGCCUCGGGGUUGGGCGUGGCCCCAGCUGAAGCCACGCCCCCCGAGGAUCCCAAAUGGAGCCGCGUGGUCAACAUCAACGCCCUGGUGCUGAUGGGCGUGGCCUCUUUCCUUUGGGGCUAUUUUGCCUGAAAUCACCCCAAAUAAACCCAAAAAUCCUCCCCACACGAGCCCUGGUGGAAUUCACAAAAAACCCCGAGAGUGACACAAAAAAAGGGUGAAAAACGGGAUCCAAAACGGACCCAAAAGGGACCCAAAAUGGACCCAAAACGGGAUCCAAAACGGGAUCCAAAACGGACCCAAAAGGGACCCAAAAGGGACCCAAAACGGACCCAAAAGGGACCCAAAACGGACCCAAAACGGACCCAAAACGGACCCAAAACGGAUCCAAAACGGACCCAAAAUGGACCCAAAAUGGACCCAAAAUGGACCCAAAACGGAUCCAAAAGGGAUCCAAAACGGACCCAAAACGGAUCCAAAAUGGACCCAAAACGGACCCAAAAUGGACCCAAAACGGGAUCCAAAAUGGACCCAAAAUGGACCCAAAACGGAUCCAAAAGGGACCCAAAACGGACCCAAAACAGACCCAAAGUUCCCCCUCCCAAAUUUCCCCCAAUCCCCACCAAUUCCGCGUUUUGGUGUUGCCCUAAACUGGGGGAAUUUAAUUCGGGUUUUUUUUACUGGUUUUGGGUGGAAUUUUUGGCUCUUUUCCAGGAGGCCUCCAGCCCGGCAGGGGGUGCCAAAAAUAAAAGGGAGGAAACCUGGAAAUCCCGCCCAAACCCUCCCAAAAUUCCUCAAAACCCCGCCCCUAAAACUGCCCCAAACCCUCCCAA